AUGCAGCUGAGACCGGCGCUGCAGGCCGUCCUGCUGGCCCUGCUGCUGGGGGCGCUCCGUGGCGCUACGGGUCGCCUGCUAAGUGGGCAGCCCGUCUGCCGGGGAGGAACACAGAGGCCUUGUUAUAAAAUCAUUUACUUCCAUGAUGCUUCUCAAAGACUGACCUUUGAGGAAGCCAGAGCAGCCUGCAGGAGGGAUGGAGGUCAGCUAGUCAGCAUCGAGUCUGAAGGUGAACAGAGGCUGAUAGAAAAGCUCAUCGAAAACCUUCUGGCAUCUGAUGGCGAUUUCUGGAUUGGGCUCAGGAGGCAUGAGGAGAAACAAAGCAACAGCACAGCCUGCCAGAACCUUUACACUUGGACCGAUGGCAGCAUAUCAGCAUUCAGGAACUGGUACGUGGAUGAGCCCUCCUGUGGCAGCGAGGUCUGCGUGGUCAUGUACCAUCAGCCAUCAGCACCCGCCGGCAUCGGGGGCCCCUAUAUGUUCCAGUGGAAUGAUGACCGAUGCAACAUGAAGAACAAUUUCAUUUGCAAAUAUUCUGAUGAGGAACCAACAGCUCCUUCUAUGGGGCCAGGAGGUGAAAGAACAGAGCCAGCCAUACCCAUACUUCCAGAAGACACAGAGAAAGAAGAUGCCACAGAAACCUUUAAAGACAACAAAGAGGCUGCGUGGAAUCUUGCCUACAUCCUAGCCCCCUGUGUUCCCCUUCUCCUCCUCCUUGUGGUCACCACAGUUGUAUGUUGGGUUUGGCUCUGGAGGAGAAGGAAACGGGAGCAGCCCGGCCCCAGUGCAAAGGAGCAGCACACCAUUUGGCCGUCUCCUCACCAAGGAAAUAGCCCGGAUCUAGAGGUUUACAACAUCAUACGAAAACAAAGCGAAGCUGAUUUAGCCGAGACCCGGCCAGACCUGAAGAACAUUUCAUUCCGAGUGUGUUCGGGAGAAGUCACUCCCGAUGACAUGUCUUGUGACUAUGACAACAUAGCUGUGAACCCAUCGGAAAGCGGAUUCGUCACUCUAUCAAGCAUAGAGAGUGGGUUCGUGACCAAUGACAUUUACGAGUUCUCUCUCAACCGAAUGGGGAGGAGCAAGGAAUCUGGAUGGGUGGAAAAUGAAAUAUAUGGUUAUUAGGACACAUGAAACACACCUAAACUUACAAGAAUGGGAAAGGA